UACUCACAGUUGAGUAUAGCGCAGACACACAUUAAGCGCCCUUUAAACAUUAAGAUGGAAAUCACAUAGCGAUGUGGUAUUUAUAUGCUCGUUUUAAAUAAGCAAACGCGCCCCUGCAACGCGCCGCCUUGUGGGAGCCCCGGAGCUGCCUGGCAGUUACGCGGCCGCGCCAAGGACGCGCACUGCGCGCUUCCGCAGAGGCCACUGCGUUAAUCGAGUCAGUGCGGGAGAAUGUGUGGCUCGGCAUGCAGCUCACCUCGGAGACCCCGCGGGCGGCCGCGCUUCCUGCGAUGCAUGUAUGUGGUGGGAUUCAUGGACCUGUUUGGAGUCAGCAUGGUUAUACCUCUGCUGAGUCAUCACAUCAAGUCCCUCGGGGCCAGUCCGACGAUGGCUGGAAUAGUGGGUGCAACUUAUGGCAUUUUACAGCUAUUUUCAAGCACAAUAGUAGGCAGCUGGAGUGACGGCGUGGGACGGCGGCGCUCUCUCCUCACCUGUCUCCUGCUGAGUGCUUUGGGCUACGCCCUGCUGGGCCUCUCCACCAGCGUCGCCCUCUUUGUGCUCGCCAGGGUCCCUGUGGGGCUAUUCAAGCACUCGCUCUCGAUCUGCCGGGCCCUUCUGUCUGAUCUGGUGUCGGAAACAGAGCGCCCCCUGGUGAUGGGGCACUUCAACGCGGCAUCCAGCGUGGGUUUUAUCCUGGGCCCCGUGGUUGGCGGGUAUCUCGCCGAACGGGAGGGUGGCUUCUACACAUCCUCCUUCGCCUGCGCCACCAUCUUCGUCCUCAAUGCAGGCCUGGUCUGGAUCCUACCCUGGAACGAGAUUCCGGGCUUCGCUAGCAGUCAGGCCGCCCGGGGGGACAGGCCAAAGCAGGCCGUGAUGAACUGCUCAGACGGGGAGGGGCCGCCGGCUUCGGUUCUGCAGCGUGUGAGGGCCGUGGCCUCCUCGGACAUGUGGGACGUCUUCCUGGUGCGCUUCUUCAUGGCCGUGGCCAUUAUGUUGUACUACAGCAACUUCUCACUGGCCCUGGAGGAGCGGUUCGCACUGCGCCCCCAAGUAGCCGGGUACCUCAUCAGCUACAGCAGCAUGCUGGGGGCCCUGGCCGGCUGCCUGGUGGGUCCCGUCACUCGUCUCUACGGCAACGACAUGGCCGCCCUGCUGCUGCACUCCACAGUGUUGACGUGCGCCCUCAUCUUCCUGUACGCCACUGCACACAGCGUCUGGCACGUGGUCCUGAGCUCCACCUUCUUCGCCAUCUCCACCACCAUCGGCCGUACCUGUGUGACUGACCUGGAGCUCCGCCGGGGGGGCCCCGGCUCCAGUGGCACAUUGCUGGGGGCCGGCCAGUCCGUCACAGCUGUUGGCCGCGUGGUGGCGCCUCUGCUUUCUGGGCUGGCCCAGGAAGUGAGUCCCUGCGGCCCCCCAGGCCUGGGUGUCCUCCUGGCCCUCGCUGCUGUCUUGCUUCUCCUCAUCCGGACACCAAAGUGGAAGAAGGGAGGCAAAGCCAAGCACCUCAAACUCUGAGGUCCCGGGUUUUUGCUCUUGGGCUGGAUGCUCACACUCUGGAGCAGCUCAUACGCCGCGGGCUCUGUUAACCUGUUGGUCACCGAGUUGUCGGUAACCACCAGCGACAUUGGUCUCGUCUUCCCAACCAAUGGCAGGCAACGGCACAACCAUCUGAGCUGCUCACUCACCAAAUCACGUUUUAUUUAAGAAGCCUUUUCCAUUUCGAGUUGGUCCUUCAGCAGUAACAGCACAGCCUGUCUUCAUCUCUACGUCCCGUAAUGCACCACUUUUUCCUUUUAGUUCCAUUGAAAUACAUUUUUUUCUGCUACAUUGAUGGUGUCAGGAGGUUAUGCUGGAAUUACAACAUAGGUUUUACAUGUUCAUUUUUAUAACUAAUAUUCUGAUGUCAUUUGUUUUGUUUUGGUUAUUUAUUUUUACCUAUAAGCAUUUAUUUAUCUGCAUUUCUGAGCUGAAUAGGACCUGAAUGUCAUGAUCAGGUGUAUGUUUGGAGAAAAGUGUCACAGGACCAGUUGAUUUAAGAAAAAAAAAUCCUCAUUCCUGUUGAAUGUUUUUUACCUCAGAGACUCCGACAUGAACUACACAGCAAUAAGAUACUUAGUAAAUCUCUCAGAAGUCGAGAAAUAUUUUAGAUAAAUAGAUAUCAUGAUGGUGGAAUACUGUGGUCAGUGUACAGGGGACCCAUGCAGUGAGCGGCAGUGAACUGAAGCAGAUGACAUGAGCCAGUUAAUUAGUUUGUAGCUGGAAGUCUUGAAAAUGUCACCUAACAGGACUUCCGUGUUUUUCAGGUAGACCAAGUUCUAGAUGAAAUGUCGUCCUGCUGGAAUAAAGACAAACAGAUUUUUACAAAA